CGUUCUCAAGGGCGGCCGUUCCCCGCCCUGCCCUGACCCCGGGGGCCGCGGUCUGAACUCUGGUCUGGAGGAGUCGUCCCCGACCUUGGUCAGAAAUGGGGAACGUGCAGUCGGAGCCGUCCGCAGGCGGGGGCUCCCGGAAAGAGCAGGCCCCCGACCGCGCCCCUGACUCCCGUCGGACGUCCCUGGUGGAGCCCGAGGUGACAGCCGCCUCCCCGGCCAUGCGCCUGGCUCGCGGGCUGGGCGUUUGGUUCCCCACCAGCUCCGCGCCCCCGGGACUCCUGGUCCCCCCCGCGCCCCAGGCCACCCCGCCGCCCCUCACCCUGCCCCUGGACCUACACUCGCCCGUGACGGCCCCCUGCGAGGCGGCGGCGGCGGCCGCGGUCUCCACACCACCCGCCGCCCCCGCGGGGAGUCUGCUGCCCGCGCCAUCCAAGUGGCGCAAACCCGCGGGCGCGCCGGUGCCCCGGAUCCGCAGCCUGCUGGACGCGAGCCACCGCGGCCAGGGCGACCCUCCGAGCCUCCGCCCGCUGCCGCCGCCACCCAGGCCGCCGACCCAGGAGGACGCGGGCCCCGCCGCGAGGGCUCCGUCCCCGCCGCCGCCGCCCGCCGAGGCGCGGAAGCCGCCCCCGCCGCCCCCUCCCGACCGGCAGCCUGCAGGCCGCACAGUCACCCCCGCGCCGCCCGCGCCCGCCGCCGGCCCCGCAGACAGCCCGGCCGCGCCCCGCAGCCAGGGCCAGGCGGCCGGCCCGCUGCGCAGAGGGCCGCUUCCCCAGGCCGGAGAGGGCGAGCGGGCCCGCGCCGCCGCUGCGGAGGCCGGCCUCAGCCUCCUGUGCAAAGUGACCAUCAAGCCCGGCACGCCUCUGCCUACUACUGCGGCAGCGUCGAGCGCCUUGGCCGCCAAAACCCCGCCGGGCGGCGGCGGCGGGGGCGGCGGGCCCUUCUCUGCGGCCGCGGGCGCCAUCUCCUACGCCCAGGUCCUGAAGCAAGGGCCCCCGGCUGCUGCGCCCGCCGGCCCCUCGGCAGGGGCCCCGCGGGGAGCCCAGGAGGCAGAGGGCGGAGAUGGAGACGGCGAGGGCGGCGCUGGGCCCCCCUCGGCGCCCGCGUCCCACGCCCGGACGCUGCCGCCCCCUCCCUACACCACCUUCCCAGGCUCCAAGCCCAAGUUUGACUGGGCGAGCCCCCCCGACGGCCCCGAACGCCACUUCCGCUUCAACGGGGCGGGCGGCACCGUCGGGGCACCCCGACGGCGCGCGGCCGCGCUCUCAGGGCCGUGGGGCUCCCCGCCACCGCCUCCCGGCCAGACACACCCCGCCGCCGGCCCCCGGAGGCCCGCGGCCGCCCUGCUGGCGCCGCCCAUGUUCAUCUUCCCGGCGCCCCCCCACGGCGAGCCUGUGCGCCCCGCGCCCCCCGGCCCGCAGGAAGGGCCCGCGCCGCGGCCGCCCCCGCCGGCUCCCGCGCCGCCGCCCGCCGCCCCGCCCCCGCCGCAGCCGCCCGCGCUCCAGCCUCCGCCGCCGCCCGCGGCGCGCCCGCCCACCCCGGGCCCGGGCCCCGUGGAGUCGCCUCUGGCCCCGGCCCCGGCCCCGGCCGUGCCCCCGGAACCAGCCCCGGGCCCGCCUCCGGUUCCAUCCCCGGCUCCAGCUCCCACCCUGCCUGAGCCAUCGCCGCCUGCUCCCGCGCCCGUCAAGACCCGCACGCGAAGGAGCAAGGGUUGCCGCGCAGCCCGGGGCGCACCGCGCGAGGAUGGCGCGCCUGGAGAUGGUCCUCGCCAAAGGACUGCAGCCACCGGGACGCACAGAGGCGGCGGAAGGGGUGGUGGCGGCAGGGCCCCUCUGGCAGGGACGGCCAACACCAGCGCUGCGCGCCACUGGCCGCCCUUCCAGGUGCUUAACUCUUGUCCCUGCAAGUGUUACUGCCGCCACCAGCCGCGCCAUCGCCGCCUGCCACGCAACGUGUCUGCCUGGCUGAGCACACCUACCAACCACCUGAGCGAGCCACCCUGGGUCUCCACCAUCAAGCUCGCAGGCUCCCUGGUUGCAGGGCUGGAGUACUACGAUUUACAGGCCGCCCAUUCCAACUGAGGCGGUCUGGGCAAUGCCCUCCACCUUCCCUCCUGGACAAUAAAAUAACCAUCCGCGUGCCUAGCUGCCUGUCAGUCACCGUGCGGCCAGGGUGGGAUAGGAGGGGCCAGCAGAGCUCCUGGAAAGACAGGAGGCUGGACCCAGAGCAGUAGUCAUGGAGGUUCCCUUCACCUGGCAUCUGGGCAGAUGGGCCCAGGGGUGAGAGGGUUCAUCCCCCUAUUAUCACUGUACAAGCUGAUCCGGAGCGAAGCUGAAGGGAUCAGCGCAAUCAUUUGGAAAGGAAUGGGCCAUUUCAAAUCCCACAUUCAGUAAAGGGUUUAGCCAGAUUUGGACUCGGCCUUCAGUGCCUUCUCACAAACUUCAGGACAGGAAACAGGUGGGAGAGGCGAGGUCAGAAGCCACAGCACUGGCUCAGGCAGGGUGGGGCCAGGGGAAGCCCACGCCACGCUCCGUUGCAGAGAUCUCACCUGGGAGCCCACAGACAGCCUCCAUUUCACGUCAUUUCACGCACUGGUUUAAUUCGUUGCAAACAUCUUUUCAAGUGAGGAUCUUCAACCCCCUUCACGAAAACAGCAGUGCCUCGGCCUGGCCUUCCUGUGUGUCCACAGCUGGCCGCCAAGCCCCUGGAGACCUUGAGUAACAGCCAGCCGACAGAGGCUGACUGAUGGAGGGCUCCCAAGCUUCCAAGUUCUUCAAAGAUAAGAACUCCUCUCCCCACCAUUCCAACCAGGUAGACCAGGGCCCCUCUGCACCCCACAGAGCCAGCACUUACCCAACGGUGGGUCUUGGUUCACUUUCCUCACCAACCCUGUCUGCACAACUCCAGGCAAGUGAUUUCACCUCUCUGUGCCUCAGUUUCUCUACCUUUCAGAUGGGGGCCCUAAUCACAAACUUCUAGGUCUGCUGUGAGGACUCAGCGAACCUACACCUUUUUAAGUGCACACAGGAGUGCAUGGUCCAGAAUAGAUGAGUAAUAAACAUCAGCCGCUACCAUCACUGAAAUUCAACUUCACCUCCCCUAGUCAGUUCCUGAGCCUCCUCAGACGCCAAGGUCACGGUAACCCGGGCACCAGCAUCCCCAGGGGCGUGGCUCCUGCUCAAACACCCCAGACCAAACCCAGUAGUCCUGUGGGAAAAGGCUGCAACCUUCGAAGAAUCCUGGCAAGGCCAACAGCCACGGUGGAUGCAGCAGAGAACGCACCUCCACUGGUGCCAAGUGCCGUGCUAAGCUCAUCCCGUGUGUGAUAUUCUAGGAAUAUCAGGAAAACUGCAGCCCAGAGAAGUGUAGCAACUCAUUGAGAUCACACAGCUGGAUUUAAACCUGGGCAGUUCACAAAAGCCAUUUAGUCUUAUGACAGUAAUGCCACGUAUACACUAGGAUUGGGAGUAUUUUUUUCCUGUUUCCUCCAUGUAUGUCAUACCUGCCUACUUAACAUAUCCACUUUUUUCUCAGAUCCCUGUCUCUAUCAUUUCUAAUGCAGUUCCGUGCCAGUCAUCAGGUUUUUAACCUCAUUUAGUGGUCUUCAGGAACAGCAAACUUUUGUCCUUGAGUCCUGUCCUGUCCUUGUCCUUGGACCCUUCCCGGAUCUCUGCCACCUCCCUUCUACUGCUGGUGGAACUGUUAACUCUACAACUUUG